AUGUUGAAUCUCUUCUUUAGGCAGAUUUGGACGCUGACAGUUAAGAAUCUACUCAUCGUCUUUGUGCGCCCAUCAGUCACAACCACCCUCAGGGCUCUGGUCUUGCCAGUGAUUUUCGUUGCUUUCAUAUCCUUCGCAAAGAACCUUUUCAUCCCUCCAUCAGAGUAUGGCGUCGGUAGUCCCACUCCCCUCCGUUCGCUAGGAGCUGCGCUAGGUGCCGUCUCAGGGAAUAGAGACAAGGUGGUAUUCGUCCACAAUGGCCUGACUGGCGGCAAUGUUGAGCAAGUCAUCAACCAAGUUGCGGAUCCCGCAAGGGCCAGCGCAAAACAAGUGCAUAUUCUUUCGUCGGAGGAUGAGCUACGAGAGUUGUGUCGAACGUCGCUUCGUGGAGUGUCAUCAUGCAUAGCUGCGGCUAUCUUUUACUCUUCUCCCACUGAAGGACCAAACAGAUACUGGAAUUACUCUAUUCGUACGGAUGGUUCGCUAGGUGUUGGGAUCAAAGUCAACCGAAACGACAAUGAUCAGGAGACCUACCUCCUUCCGUUCCAGCAUUCGAUUGACUGGGCGAUAGCGCAGGUCAACUCGACCAACAACGGUAACGCACUACCGAGUCACGUUGAGGAAUACCCGUUCACGUCCCUUACCCAAAAAGAACAACAGGAACAAAUCCGAACCCGCUACAUGGGCGCCAUUAUUGACAUCAUUGCCGUGGCUAUCUUCAUUGAAAUUGUGGGCGUCACGUACCAGCUUACUGGGCUUAUAGCGAUGGAACGGGAGCUCGGCAUGAGCCAGCUGAUUGAUUGCAUGAUGCCCAACGCCUCCAACUGGCAAUCGCAAGCUGCUCGGUCCAUUGCAGCACACCUAGCUCUGGAUAUCGUGUACUGCCCUGCAUGGAUUAUCUCAGGUGCAAUCCUGAAAUUUGGAGUGUACGGCAAGACGUCGGCUGGAAUCGUGAUAAUCUACAAUGUUCUGGCCGGUCUCGCAUUGUCCUCCUUCUCCGUAUUCGGCGCCUCUUUUUUCAGGAAGGCUCAGCUCAGCGGUAUCACUGUCGUUAUCGUUUGUUUGAUUUUGGGAGUAAUCGCGCAGCUGGCGCCUGCUUCGACAAACGGUGCUGUUAUCAUUCUCAGCCUUCUAUUCCCACCAAUGAACUUUGUUUACUUCUUUGUUCUCAUGGCUCGAUGGGAGAGGCAGGGUCUCGCUACGGACCUCGUGCGCGCAGCUCCAAUGAAUCCGUGGACAGUCCCUGGUAUAGCCCUCUGGAUUCUACUGAUUGUUCAAAUCAUCGUCUAUCCCCUGCUGGCCGCCCUAGUCGAGCGAGUUCUUUAUGGCACCAAGUCCAAGAGUCGAAGGACAGUGAACUCCGACGGCUCGACCGCUGUGCGUUUAAAUGGAUUUACCAAGGAAUAUCGGCCAAGUUGGUUCUACCGAAAGGUUGCUCUGUGGUUUGGAAGCAGCCGACAGAGUGUGCUGGCCGUGAACGACCUGUCCAUGGACGUUAGGAAAGGAGAAAUUGUGGUCCUCCUCGGUGCAAACGGCUCGGGCAAAUCUACGACACUGGAUGCCAUCUCAGGUUUGACGACAAUCACCUCCGGAAGUAUCAAUGUAGACUACGGCGACUCCGGCGGACGGUUUGGUCUCUGCCCGCAGAAGAACGUUCUCUGGGAUACGCUUACUGUGAAAGAACAUAUCAAGAUAUUUAACAGGCUGAAGAGUACCGGAGAAGUGGACAGUAAUGAGCAGCUUCUGAAAUUGUUAAAUGACUGUGACCUGGCUCAGAAGGUAAACUCGCGCUCGAAGACGCUCUCGGGGGGUCAGAAACGUAAAGUUCAAUUGGCCAUGAUGCUUACCGGCGGCUCGUCGAUUUGCGCUGUUGAUGAGGUUUCAUCUGGAAUUGAUCCAAUUGCACGCGCCAAAAUAUGGGACAUCCUUCUUGCAGAAAGAGGAUCGCGGACAAUCCUUUUGACUACUCAUUUUCUGGAUGAGGCAGACCUUCUCGCCGAUCACAUCACAAUCUUAUCCAGGGGUUCGCUCAAGGCGCAGGGCUCGAGCGUUGAGCUAAAGGAUAGACUGGGUUCAGGUUAUCGAAUUCAUGUGCUCAACAUUCCUGGCUCAGAGAACGUAUCUGGUCCACAGUUCGACAGUAUCGCAAAAGAGGUCCAUUUUGACGAUACAGUCUACUACGCGAAGGAUUCCGCAGAAGCUUCUCGUCUGAUGUCAAUGUUAGAAGAAGAAGGUGUCACGGGAUAUCGCGUCAGCGGGCCGACGAUAGAGGAUGUCUUUCUCAAAGUUGCAGAAGAGUUGGACUCGGAGAGACCACGAGAAGAGCCUCACAUCGCACCGAAGGAAACAACUUACACUGAAAAGAAUCCUGGAAGAGGUGGCAGUGAAGGGCUUCAGCUCUUGACCGGAAAACGCAUUGGCAUGUUCCUUCAGUCGUGGUAUUUGUUUCGCAAGAGGGGCACAAUAUUGCGCCGCAACCCUAUCCCAUACUCGGCGGCUUUGCUCAUCCCAGUCGUUGCGGCCGGACUUGUUACUCUUUUCCUGAAGGGUACUACAAAGGCUGGUUGUUCAGGUGAUAGCACAUAUCAUGCAUCUGGCUUCGAGUCACUGGCGUCUCUGGACAACGUCAAAUUUGUGAUUGGGCCUCGAGACAAGGUGUCUACCACCGCUCUUGAGAGCUUCAUUGGCUCCCUAUCUGGAUCAAUAGAAUCGGCUCAGAAUGCGUCUUUGAACCUCGAGUCUCGAUUUCACCUGGUGAACAGUCUCACGGAAUUCGAAGAUUAUAUAUCUCAAAACUAUGCCAACAUAACGCCUGGCGGUUUCUACCUGGGAGACACAUAUUCUGCGCCUACAUUCGCGUGGAAGGGAGACAACGGUCACUUCCCGCUAUCCGCUGUCACUCAGAAUGCGAUGGAUAACUUUUUGACCAACGUGCCCAUCUCUUUCCGCUUCCAGUAUUUCGACAUCCCAUGGCAGUCGGAUUCUGGGAAGGCACUGCAGCUGAUCGUCUACUUUGGUCUUGCUAUGUCGGUAUACCCUGCUUUGUUUGCUCUCUACCCCACCGUUGAGCGUCUGAAGAAUGUCCGAGCGCUGCAUUUCAGUAACGGGGUGAGAGGCGCCUCGCUUUGGCUAGCAUACCUGGCAUUUGACUUCUGCAUUGUCGUCGCAUCCAGCGUCCUUGCAAUAAUCAUCUUCAGGGCUGUGUCAGAUAUAUGGUACCAUGCCGAAUAUCUCUUCGUCGUUUUCUUUCUCUACGGGUUGUGCGCAACGAUACUAUCAUAUGUGGUAUCUCUCUUCUCGAAGUCUCAGCUCGCAGCUUUCGCAAUUGCAGCUGGCGGACAGUGCGUCUUGUUCUUGAUUUACUUCAUCGCCUACAUGUCAGUAUUGACAUACGCACCUACCCUGAAAGUCGAUGGGUACCUUGAGAUAACGCAUUUUACCAUUGGUCUCAUUGCGCCUUCGGGGAAUCUUCUUCGAGCAAUGUUCACUUCGCUGAAUACGUUCUCCAUCCUAUGUCGAGGACGAGAAAUCGCCUCGUACCCGGGUGAGAUCACUCUCUACGGAGGCCCAAUCCUCUAUCUGAUAUGUCAGUCCUUUGUCCUGUUUGGAUUGCUUCUUUGGAUUGAUGGAGGGCCUGUGUUUUCCAUGAUGAGGAGAAAAGUCAAGCAGAACCACGUGGAAGAGAAGAACACUGUCGAUGGGGAUGUUGCCGCUGAAUUAGCACGAGUGGAAAACUCAACGGACGGAUUACGAGUUCUGCACCUCACGAAGAAGUUCAAGAAGUCUGUCGCAGUGGAUGACGUGACAUUCGGGGUGCCAAAAUCUCAAGUUUUUGCUCUCUUGGGGCCAAAUGGAGCAGGAAAAACCACCGUAAUCUCUGUCAUCCGCGGUGAUAUGGUACCUUCCGACAAUGGAGGAAAUAUUUUUGUGAACGAUAUUUCGGUUUUGAAGAAUCGUGCAGCAGCGCGCUCCCACCUUGGGGUCUGUCCGCAGUUUGAUGCAAUGGAUCAAAUGACCGUCAUUGAGCACCUGGAGUUCUAUGCUCGCAUCCGUGGUGUGGCCGAUGUGAAGCACAACGUCACAGAAGUGAUGCGUGCUGUGGGGCUUACUCCCUUCCAGCACCGCAUGGCAACAAAACUAUCAGGAGGUAAUAAGCGCAAGCUUUCUCUCGGUAUUGCCUUGAUGGGCAACCCUCUAGUCCUCCUGCUGGAUGAGCCUAGCUCCUCAAUGGAUGCAGCCUCAAAGCGUGUCAUGUGGAAGACACUGGCGUCUGUAGUCCCUGGACGCUCCAUUGUGCUGACGACCCACUCCAUGGAGGAAGCAGAUGCACUGGCAACCCGGGCAGGAAUUAUGGCCAAGCGUAUGCUGGCACUGGGGACAACUGAUUACCUGCGGAAGAAGUACGGCAACAAAUAUCAUGUCCAUCUAGUCCAUUCACAGGCACCGCACACGACGGACGACUCUAUGGGACGUAUCCGCGAUUGGGUGCGAGAGAACUUCCCUGGUGCCGCGAUAGAGCAGAAGACCUAUCAUGGGCAGGUACGGUUCAGUAUCCCUGCAACAGCGGCGUCUUCAUCUUCAAAGACAGAUAUCACUGAAUAUGCCGAGAGUCCUGUCGCCGAGGAAGAAGAGCUCGGACGCGAACUCAGAUAUCAAUCAUGGCCUAUGGUUGAAGGGGGCCCAAGAGCUGCCAACAACAGCAUCGUCAGCACGAUAUUCUCGAAGCUGGAGCAGAGCAAGGCUGUUCUAGGCGUCCAGUAUUACUCUGUCAGCCAAACUACGUUGGACCAAGUCUUCCUCGCCAUUGUUGGGCAGCAUAAUAUCCGGGAGGAGAAUGCUGGAUAG